GAGAGAGAGAGAGAGAGAGAGAGAGAGGAGAGAGAGAGGGGGACGGCGGUUUCAACACGAUAUCAAUGCAUUUGCCAGAUAAACUCGGAACCUCUGGAGAGUGACAACGAACGGGACGUGGAAAUAACCACAAUUUUGCAGGAAUUCGACCAGAGUGCCGCGUGCCCUCGUCUUCUCCGGAUGAACAGAAAUGGGGGAAUGGACCAUACUAGAGAGGCUCCUGGAGGCUGCUGUCCAGCAGCACUCUACUAUGAUAGGAAGGAUCCUACUAACUGUGGUGGUGAUCUUCCGGAUUCUAAUCGUAGCAAUAGUUGGAGAGACAGUCUAUGAUGACGAGCAGACCAUGUUUGUUUGCAACACCCUACAACCGGGCUGUAACCAGGCUUGCUACGACAAGGCUUUCCCAAUAUCACACAUCCGAUAUUGGGUUUUUCAGAUAAUUAUGGUUUGCACACCGAGUCUUUGUUUUAUUACAUACUCUGUGCAUCAAUCAGCUAAGCAGAAGGAGCGGCGGUAUUCUACCGUCUUCCUGAGUCUGGAUAAGGAUCAAGAUUCAAUGAAACGUGAUGACAGCAAAAAGAUUAAAAACACAAUUGUUAACGGAGUACUUCAGAACACAGAGAACUCCACCAAAGAAUCGGAACCGGACUGUUUGGAAGUCAAAGAGAUUCCCAAUUCGGUCAUGAGAACUACUAAAUCAAAAUUGCGGCGACAAGAGGGUAUCUCGAGGUUUUACAUAAUCCAAGUGGUUUUCAGAAACGCGCUGGAAAUAGGUUUUUUAGUGGGUCAAUAUUUCUUGUACGGAUUCAACGUCCCAUCGGUGUACGAAUGUGAUCGAUACCCCUGCAUAAAAGAUGUCGAGUGCUACGUUUCCAGACCAACGGAGAAGACAGUUUUUUUAGUCUUCAUGUUUGCGGUCAGUGGUUUUUGUGUGGUGCUGAAUCUGGCAGAACUCAAUCAUUUGGGCUGGAGGAAGAUCAAAACGGCCGUGCGAGGUGUGCAAGCUAGGCGGAAGUCCAUAUAUGAGAUAAGAAAUAAGGACUUGCCCCGCAUGAGUGUGCCCAAUUUCGGUCGCACUCAGUCCAGUGACUCUGCUUAUGUGUAGCACAUGGAGACACUAAUAGAAAAUGGACAAUGUGCAGUGAAAAAAAAAAAGUAACCACAAUGAACGGGAUGGACGGAUGCUCGCGCCUGAUCCAUGUCAUCCUCAGAAGAGUGGGCAGAGUUUUGAUUUGUUUGUCUUUUACUGACUUUUUUGCAGGCGUGAAUUACACGUUUG